UCCAUCAAGCCGUUCUGGACCCUGGGCGCCGGUGGCAACCUAGUACUAUAUCUCUUUAUCUUUAAGCGCUUAACUCAGACCCGCCGCCGCGAGCGCCAGAUCAGAUAGCUUGAUCGCAGCACGAUUUACCCCGGACUCCAGGUUGGAACCCACUAAGGAGACAGGACCCUGCUGGCGCAAUGAGUGCAACUAUCAACGGUGAAUCCACCAACCCACCAAUCGUGGUGGCUUCAUCCCGCGCCGUCAUAUCAGGGUGUUUGACGCCGGCCACAGUGGUCAUCUCUCGCGAGACGGGCAAAGUGACCUCGGUCUUCUACUCAGUCCUCCCCGCCUCUGGUUUCCCUGAUGGCACGCAGUACACAGACUACUCUCCCCUUGUUCUGCUGCCUGGUCUGGUGGAUGCACAUGUGCAUCUCAACGAGCCUGGCCGUACUGAAUGGGAAGGUUUCUACACCGGCACCCAGGCUGCCGCCUUUGGUGGUGUGACCACGGUCAUUGAUAUGCCCCUGAAUGCAAUUCCGCCAACAACGACGGUUGCCGGGCUGAAGGAGAAAGUGAAGGCCGCUCAGGGGCAAUGCUGGGUGGAUGUUGGUUUCUACGGUGGCAUUAUCCCCGGAAAUGCUCAUGAGCUGAAAGGCCUUGUGAACGAAGGAGUCCGAGGAUUCAAGGGAUUCCUAAUUGAUAGUGGAGUUGAGGAAUUUCCGGCUGUUACCGCAGCGGAUAUCAGGAAGGUCAUGGCUGAAUUGGCCGAUGAGCCUACCACGCUGAUGUUCCACGCAGAAAUGGUACCUCCCAUCACCGCGUCCGUUGGUGAUGAAGUGCAGACGUCUGAACCGCCUGCUGCACCAGAGGGGCCCCUUCAGGCCUAUUCCACAUUCCUGGCUUCUCGUCCAGCGGCAUUUGAGACGUACGCUAUUGAGGAGAUUCUAUCACUCGCGCAUCUUGCCCCUAAACUUCCUUUGCACAUAGUCCACCUUUCUGCAAUGGAAGCCAUCCCGUUGCUGCGCGAGGCCCGUGCUAAAGGGAUCCCAAUCACUGCGGAGACCUGCUUUCACUACCUUUCACUCGCCGCAGAGGAGAUUCGCGACGGUGAUACUCGACACAAGUGUUGCCCGCCCAUCCGUUCCCAGGCGAACCAGGAUCGCCUCUGGGCAGAGCUUGAGCGCCAUGCAACUGAUGGUGUCAUCAAGACAGUAGUCUCUGACCACUCUCCUUGCACGCCUGACCUCAAGUUGCUUCCGUCCCAUAUCUCUGGUCAUUGCUCCUCCGCUAGUUCGUCGGCGACAGCGACACCUUCUGCCACCAGCAGUGUCUCUGACCUUGGCACCACCCUAGACCCUGAGCACGAUGGAAACUUCUUCUCCGCCUGGGGCGGUAUUUCUUCUGUUGGUCUCGGUCUGCCUAUCUUGUGGACAGAGUUGAACCGGAGGAAGAAGCUGGACGCUUCUAGCGAGGCUACCAGGGAUGCUCUUGAGAAUAUUGUACGGUGGUGCUGCAUCAACACUGCAACUCAAGUCGGGCUUCAGAAGCGAAAGGGCGAUCUUACCGGCGGCUGUGACGCUGAUAUCUGCGUCUUUGAUGACAGCGUCGAGUGGAUCGUGGAGCCGAGCACCAUGCUCUUCCGCAACAAGUGCUCUCCGUACCAGGGCAGGAUGCUCAAGGGAAUGGUGCGGGAGACUUGGGUUCGUGGUAAGCGCGUCUUCAGUCGUGAGGAGGGCUUCGGGAAGAACAUUCCAUCUGGAAAGCUGCUUCUUGAGAAAAGAUCCCUGGCUCCUUGAGGAGUCCCACCACAUUGAUUUCUCUUUUUAUGUUCGAUAUCUUUUUCAAGGUUCCGUGUGUCUGUUUGAACCAGCGGAUAUGAGUCCCAUGUUGCCUUCAUUUAUCAUUGAUGUCUUUCAUCAUAGCAUGCGCCUGCUGGGUUCUGGAGUAUGUGAUUUGUUUGUUGCCUGCUGCCGUCUUUUAAGCAUGUUCUUUGGCAAGAUUCUCAUGAUGAUGCUAGAUAGAGUACGCCUUGGACAUAGAUGUCGUGGAGUUUGACGUGAUACGGUCAUGCCGACUGCGAUGGCGGGAAAGAAGUAUAUAAUUCUAAUGUCCAGUGAUGGUCAAUUUCCAGAUAUUAUAGCAUAGUUACAGAAUUGAAAUUCGAAGUUGAACUUGAAAUUUGAUAGAUCAGUGGCUACGUUAUCCGCACCAUCUCCACCGGACUACAAGAGCGGGUGGACCAAAUGAAGGCAUGCAAAUAUUCCUAUCU